CUUUCAAAAAUAUAAUGGCCGUAAGGGUCGAGUGUCGACUGAGUUUUGAAAAGCAGGAGGACUAAAAGUAAGGGAAGCAGAUGACGACGGAGGCGGUGAACCUGCCGAUCAUUGACUUGUCCUCAUCAGAUUCCAUCUCCUCUGCCAAUUCAAUCCGUCAGGCAUGCAUAGAAUAUGGUUUCUUCUACCUGGUGAAUCAUGGCGUCGAGGAAGAGCUGUUUGCAGAGGUGUUCGAUCGGAGCCGCAACUUCUUUUCGCUUCCUCUGGAAGAUAAGUUGAAAUUGACUCGCAAGCACCACAGAGGCUACACCCCACUAUUUAUGGAGAAUCUCGACUUCGCUUCCAGCUCCAAAGGUGACUCGAAAGAGAGUUUUUAUGUUGGCUCUUUAGAUGACCCAACUCUGAUUAAUUUGAACCAAUGGCCUCCAGAAGAUAUCCUGCCAUCUUGGAGGCCUGCAAUGGAAUUGUACUAUAGAAAAGUCCUGUCUGCUGGAAAAAGAUUAAUCUCUCUGAUUGCCCUGGCUUUAAACCUGGAUGAGGACUUUUUCGAGAAAGUGGGGGCACUGAAUAAACCAAGGGGUCUUCUUCGACUUUUGCACUAUCCAGGUGAGCUGGGAUCAACUGACGAAGAAAUAUAUGGUGCUUCUGCUCAUUCAGAUUAUGGCAUGGUCACUCUCCUUGCAUCCAAUGGAGUUCCUGGACUUCAGGUUUGUAGGGACAAAUCUAAGCAACCUCGAAUCUGGGAAGAUGUUCUUCACAUAGAUGGGGCAUUCAUUGUCAACAUUGGGGACAUGAUGGAGAGGUGGACUAAUUGUUUGUUCAGGUCAACACUGCAUAGAGUGAUGCCAGCAGGACAAGAACGCUACUCCGUGGCUUUCUUCAUGGAUCCCAAUGAAGAUUGUGUGGUGGAAUGUCUGAAAAGUUGUUGCAGUGAAGAAUCACCGGCAAGAUUUCCUCCCGUCCGCAGCGGGGACUACCUGGAAGAGCGUUUUCGGCUUACGUAUGCAACUUAAAAGGUCUGUCUUUUGCAGUUGCAGUACAUGAUGAUGCUUUUAUGGUGUGGUGAUAAACUGCUUUUAUAAUCAAAUAGUUCACAAAUCCUGGUUUCAUAAUUCCACUGGAAACAAAUUGCUAUUGUUGGUAUUGAGUUGGUGACCAAGGGGCCCAUUUGGGAUUGUCUCUCUAAAAAGCACUUCAACUCAUAAGCGCUUGUGGCAGAAGCGCUUUUAUUAUAAACAUGUUGAAAUUCUGUGUACUUUUUUUCAUGGAUUGAGAAGAAUAAUAUCGAAGGAAUUUGGAGACUGAA